GGUAACGAUAGCGUCACUACACGCAGGACCCGCCAGUCACCACUACACCGACCUGGUAGCCAGCGAGGCCUGGGAGACCAUCCGUAAAGUGACGGGAAGCUUCGACGUGUUCAAGAUGCGGGAAGCCAGCGGCGGGAAGAACAUCAACUCUGAGGUGAUGAAGAAGGUUAUCCGUAACCUGCCGGAGUACUGUGACGCCUUCCUGCGUGAUCCAGGUGUCCGUAGUGCCUGGCACACCAAGCCAGACGUGGUGAUCCUGCCAGCCUUCAUGAACGAGUGUGGACUGGCACUCGUACACAAGUUUAAGGUCCCCUUCAUCUACAUCACCACCUCAGGUCUAACACCGUGGACGGCCGACCUGUUGGCCAAUCCCGAGAACCCAGCCUACGUGCCCAACCAGUACCUCAGUUAUGGUGCUAACAUGAACCUUUGGGAGAGAACCGUCAACACCCUUGUUAGAAUCAUCAGUCCCUAUCUACGCAGUCAGCUGGUGAUGAAGAGAGUGGAAGGUGUAGUACAGAGGUUCCUGGGGGACCCGACGGUGUCCCUGACGGAGGUGGAGAAGAACGUGUCCUUGGUCUUGGUCAACUCUCACUACUCCCUCGGCCACCCUCGGCCGCUCAUGCCCAACGUGGUGGAGGUCGGUGCCAUGCACUGUCGGCCCGCUCGGCCACUACAAGACGCUCAGCUGCGUCACUUCCUCGACUCGUCGACAGUACCUGUGGUGGUGUUCAGUCUGGGCUCCACCAUCCGCAGUCAACAACUGCCGCUCUGGCUCAGACAGUCUGUGCUGGCAGCUUUUGCUCGUCUGCCAUACCGUGUCUUAUGGAAGUGGGAGGGCGCCGCCAUCCCCGACCUGCCACCCAACGUCAUCACUAGCGCCUGGCUCCCCCAACAGGACGUGCUGGGUCACGAGCGCGUGCGCGCCUUCGUCACUCACGGAGGACUGCUGUCACUGCAGGAAGCUGUGUACCACAACGUGCCGAUAGUUGGUCUGCCCCUCAUGAGUGACCAGCACCUCAACGUGCGCCAGGCAGUGACACUCGGCCUGGGUCGUCAACUGACACUGGAGACUCUCACAGAAGACAAUUUGUACGAGGCCAUCACAGCUGUUGUCGAGGACGACCAAUACCGAGGACGAGUGAAGCAAACAUCAACACUACUACGAGACCAAGAGACUCCUCCCCUCCAGCGAGCUGUGUACUGGACGGAACACGUGUUGCGUCACGGCGGCGCCCCUCACCUGCGCUCACCUGCCGCCAACAUGCCGCUACACCAGUACUUCUUACUGGACGUGGCCGCUGUCUUGGCGGUGGCGGCUGCUGUAUUGGUGCUGCUGCUGUGGUGGACGACGAGGGCUGUUACCCGAGCCCUUACCAGAGCCCUUAGGAAGGCUGCCACCUCCCUCCUCACCUUAGUCAGGUCCCACGUCAAGCUGGAGUGAACCUUACACAUCCUUGGAGAAGAAAUACUUGAUCUCAGUCACUUGUCACCCGUUGUGUUGUAGCAGCGGGUGUGUACAGUCUUUGUUUACAUCCAUCAGCUGAUCCUUCACCACACGUCUCAACAUGUCAUCAUCACCUAUAAAAACUAUCAGUUUUUUUUACAUUUAUUACCAAAUAUUUUCUAUAUUUUUAUACUAUGACGAAUAAAUAUAAUUACAUUUA